GGCUGCGUCUUUUAAAUCAUAUUAACAUUAUAAAUACUCAAACUGCAUCGAAUUGAAGUUCAAAGAGUAAUCUGCAAAUUCUGCCUGGAGAAGCAAUUGACAAACCCUUUCUGGAAGAGUGUUUGAAGGUUUAUUUUCACUUCGGAUAAAGAAGAAGAAAAGUUUUCUAAUGGGGCGUUGGAUGAAGCCAGAGGUGUAUCCCCUACUAGGAGCCAUGACCUUUGUAACAAGCAUGUGCAUCUUUCAGCUUACAAGGAAUGUUUUCCUAAAUCCUGCAGUCAGGAUCAAAAAAUCUGACCGUAGCAAGGCAGUACUAGAAAACUACGAGGAAGGAGAAAAAUAUGCUGAACAUGGACUUCGCAAAUUCCUGCGAACCCGCCCCCCAGAAGUCAUGCCUGCCAUUAACCAUUUCUUCUCUCAAGAUAGAUCAUGAUCAGUUCAAAACAAUAAGCUUGCAUGUAUUUUGAUUAUAGAAGAAAAACAAAAUGGAUUGUUUCAGUUUAGGAAUGAUAUACAACUAAUAUUUUCUUGUUAUCUAGAUAAUAUAUGAUAGCCUCGUUGUUAUUUAAUCCAUUUGUACUCAAUUUUUUUGGUCAACAUGUUAAUUUGUUUAAACUGAUGUAACCAGUACAUCAAUACUUUCUGACUUUAUGAUCAUGAAAUAAAGAAAAGAGGUCAAUUGUGAAUUUUUAGCAGUAACUAUCCACGCUUUUGUGUAGAGCAUGUGAGGUUGGUUGGUUUACAAGGGUUUAUCGAACACGUGCUGGCUAUCUUUGGAUAACAAUAAAUAUGCAAGAAACU